CUCAGGCUUCAUUUAUGAUAUUUGUUAUUGGAUAGUUAUAUACUAUUUUUAAAUGCAGAUUUCCAUUGACCUAUGCCUUUUUGACCUUGAAUCAUAUAAAUCUGGUGACAUGAUCUUCAAGACUCAUCUGGCAGAAGAAAUUGACACAAUGGAAAAGGUUGGAGAUCAUUAUGAGUAUCAUGGACAUAAGCUCACAGUGGAUAAGACCAAUUAUUCUGCAUUGAAGAGUGUGUUCUUGAACAAACUCAUUCAAAAUAUUAGAGACAGGUUUCCUGCAAAGAGCCUUAUUGACAGUUUUUUUGUUCUGGCCAUGAGGACUAUUAAUUUUGAAAAAGACAUCAUGAGCUAUGGUACAGAAGAAAUUGAAUGUCUUCUGAAACAUUAUGGUGAAAAACAG